AUGCAGGUAGACAAGCCAGCAGCCGCGCCAGUGUCCGGCGUCCCCGUCGGCUCCGGCGCCAGCUGGUCGUCCGGACUCUUCGACUGCUUCGACGACUUCGGCCUAUGCUGCCUGACAUGGUGGUGCCCGUGCGUCACGUUCGGGCGGGUGGCGGAGAUGGUGGACAUGGGCGCGACGUCGUGCGGCGACAGCGGCGCCAUGUACGCGCUGCUGGCGACGGUGACCGGGUGCCAGUGGAUCUACACCUACCCGUACCGCGGCAAGAUGCGCGGCCAGUACGGCCUCGCCGACGAGCCCUGCGGCGACUGCUGCGUCCACUUCUGCUGCGAGCGGUGCGCGCUCUGCCAGGAGUACAGGGAGCUCACCCACCGCGGCUACCACCCCAGCCUCGGGUGGCAACUCAACAUGGAGCGCCGCGCCGCCGCCACCGCCCCGCCCGCCGUGCACUACAUGGCACGCUAG